GAAAAAAAUCUUUUGCUUCAUUUUAAAGCAUUUUCUAUGUCUUUCUUUAUAGAUUUUAGCUUACAGAAUUGUCCUAUAACAACAGAAUAAUGGGAAUUCUCGGUCUCUCAAAGUUGAUAUUCGACAAAGCCCCAUCUGCUGUCAGAGAAAAUAGCAUUAAAAAUUACUUUGGUCGAAAAGUUGCGAUUGACGCUUCAAUGGCCAUUUAUCAAUUUUUGAUUGCAAUAAGACAAGAUGGAAAUCAAUUAACAAAUGAUGAAGGAGAAGUAACUAGCCAUCUUGCAGGAUUGUUUUAUCGUACAAUUCGAAUGUUAGACAAUGGUAUAAAGCCUGUAUACGUCUUCGAUGGUAAACCUCCUCAGAUGAAGUCUGGUGAGCUCGAAAAGCGAAAGGAAAGACGAGAGGAAGCUGAGAAGAAACUUGCGGAAGCAACAGAGGCAGGAGAGCAAGAAGAAGUUGACAAAUUUCAAAGACCUGUGAAAGUCACUAAACAGCAUAUGGAUGAUUGUAAAAAGUUACUUACUUUAAUGGGAGUCCCUGUCGUCUCUGCACCAACUGAAGCGGAAGCACAAUGUGACUUGGUAAAAGCUGGAAAAGUUUAUGCAACGGCCACUGAAGAUAUGGAUGCUCUGACAUUUGCAUCUAAUAGACUUCUACGACAUAUGAUUAGCGAAGCAAGAAAAAUGCCAAUACAGGAAUUCACUCUAGAAAAAGUGCUUCAAGAAAUGGAAAUUACACAGGAACAAUUCAUUGAUUUGUGUAUUUUACUUGGUUGCGACUAUUGUGGGUCCAUUAGAGGUAUUGGACCUAAACGUGCCUAUGACCUCAUCAAACAACAUAAAACGAUUGAAAGAUAUUGGAAUAUUGACAAGAAAAAGUACACAGUACCAGAAGAUUGGGCUUUUGCCCAGGCCAGAUCAUUGUUUAUUGAACCUGAUGUUUCUCCAUGUGAUGAAAUUGAACUUAAAUGGAAAGAACCAGAUGAAGACUCAUCGAGUUUAUGUGCAAAGAAAAAAGGUUUCAGUGAAGAUAGAAUUCGAAAUGGAAUCAAGAAGUUAAUGAAUAGUAAGAAGCAAAGUACACAAGGCCGUCUGGAUGACUUUUUUCAAGUCAAAGUAUCAGCAUCACCAGCUGUUGAAAAGAAAAUCUGAUCCGCAAGGGCAAGAGUACACCUGCAAAGAAAGUGAAAAAGGAAUUCAACGAGGAAAAUGAUCGUCUAGAAAAUAAUCAAUAUCAAAAACAUUUUGUGUAUGCAUAAGAUACUCAAGAAUAAUCAAUAUCAAAUACUUUAUUGAGUCUGAUUAGAUGACAGAGCGAGUGAACAUGUUCAUUUAUGGGAACAAUGUCUUGGUUUACCUUGUAACCUUGUUACCUUGUGGUAGUAGACUUGUUCUAUUUUGUAAUAACGGCUAUUUUGCUAUUUUUUUCCCACCUUAUGGACUCCAAAAAUAUUUCUGUGGAAGCCAGGAUACCCAGGUGAAUAAAUAAUCUACACCUAUUAUCUCUUCGGCACCUAAUUUGUGCAUAACUUUGCGGUAUAUGCCACAUUUAAUUUGAAUAUAUUCUCAUUUUAGGGCUGCAUUCAUAAGGAAAUAUGAGAUUUAAAAUCAGUGGUAUAUUAUUAAUAAAUAAAGAACUGGAUUAUAACUUCUUGAAUUGAAGUUUUAAUCUCAUUUCAACUCAUUUGUUACACGUUAUUGAAUAGACUGUUCUUUGUCUCUAUGUACUAUUUUUCAUACCUUGUUCCUCGUAAAGUUAGAUUUUUUUCAAAUCACAGCCUCUAUGUAAAUAUGCUGCCUUGUUUCUUUUGUUCUCUCUACCCCAGGAUGAACAUUUAUCUUCUUCCAAAACAAUCAUUGAAUGAUAUAAUUUGUUAUUAGCAAUUUAGCAUAUUCAUUUUUGUUUGUGUAGCAUUUGUGAUACAUUGUCAAGAAUUCCAUUAUAAAUAAGUAUGCAUAUCCUGGCUCGAGAUCAAUGGAAAGUUUAAGUUUAAACCUUUAUUAUUUUUGUAUUGAAUGCUGUUAAAAAGAAUAUCAACAAAUCUUCUUCAGUGGUCUUUUAAAAUAAGGUUUUCAAAAUAUAUUGCCAGAUGCUGACUUAAUAUACAUAAUAUACAUUCUCUCCGCUAGAUGGUGCUCAAGAUUAAUAAAAAUUAGAUUUUUAUUCGGAAUGUUUGUCAGUUGGACUGGAAUUUGAAAAGAUCAUUCAUUGUUAAUAACUAUAUAGCAUUUAAUUCUACUGUACUUGCAUAACAUUUGCUUAUCUCGUUGUCAACCUAUUAUGUGCUUUGCCAAACUUUUUGAUUGCCUCACUGCCAUUACAUUGACUCUUUUUAUAAGGUUUUGCACACAUUGUUUUAGACAUGCUUUCAUUGCCCACUUCUGAAAAAGUUAUCUCAAUCAUAUUUUGUUAGCUUCAGCUUUGUUCACAAUCUUAGCAUAUUUUUUUUUUUUUUUUCAGCUUAUUAAUAAAAUUCAGAAUGAAAUUUUCCAAUGAAAAAUAUACCUACUGAAAAGAGCUCAGUUUGUUGCAAGAUGGCCGCGCAAUUCAUGCGACGUUGAACGAUUGAUUUAUAAAUAUUUUAUAGAUCGUAAAAUGACCAAAUUGG